ACACUGGAAAUGAUAAGGACUGGUAGGAAAGGAACUACAACUAGUACAAGCACAAGCAAAGUUACUUGGCUCCUAUUUUGGUUGACAAACAGCAGCAUGUCUAUUGCACCAGUGAUAAUUGAGGCGACAGCCAAACACACGUCAACGCUCAUCUUUAUGCACGGCUUAGGUGAUACCGGUCAUGGAUGGAGUUCAGCGUUGGCGAUGAUACGUCCGCCCAGCAUGAAAGUAAUCUGUCCAACAGCACCCACAAUGCCGGUGUCAUUAAAUGCCGGAUUCCGUAUGCCUUCUUGGUUUGAUUUACGCACGCUCGAGUUUGUUAGGAAAACAGUCAUCAGACCGGAGAAGCUAUCGCCUGUUGCUAAGUAA